ACACAGCUUUAUUUGUGGCAAGCACGUCGAAGAACAACCCGACCCACAAGCCACAGUAGAAAACGCAAGAACCAAACAAGAAAAUGAUUUAAUGAGCUUCUCCAAAAAGUCAAAACGACAGCAAAUUAAUGGCCACGAAGAUCACGUACUAGAGUUUGCUCAAUGACAGGCACCACUGCUUGCCUGCCUUUUUUCAACUAUUGAAUUCCUAUGCAUGUUUCUGAGUAUAUAUGUGCGUGCGUGUGUGUGUGUGUGUGUAUACAUAUCAACUUCACUGACUUCCCUUCCCACCUUGAACCAAAAUCAAGAUGGUGAGAGCACGUCCCAUAUUCUCCGGUUCUUGCAUGAACCGCUCCCCUGUUCGUGUUCGGGUCCGUUCGAAAUUGAAACCGGCCUCCAAGGCUGUUAAAGCCGAUCAGAGAACGCAGUUUUCCGGCGAUGCUGUGGCAAAAAAUGGGUCGAGGAAUGAAAAAAAGAUCUUGGUGGUGGUUGAUUCGAGCUUUGAAGCUAAGGGAGCUCUGGAAUGGGCACUCUCCCAGGCAGUUCAAACCCAGGAUACAAUUAUUCUUCUCUAUAUAACAAAGCCAUCCAAACAAGCUGCUGCAGACUCCAAGAAGGAGAUUAAUAAAAGGGCUUAUGGAGUUCUUUACUCCAUGAAAAAUACAUGUCAAGUGAAGAGGCCAGGGGUGCAAAUAGAGGUAGCAGUGGUGGAGGGGAAGGAGAAGGGGCCAACAAUAGUGGAAGAAGCAAAGCAGAGGAAGGUGUCACUGCUGGUUUUGGGGCAGAGGAAGAAAAGAUCCAUGAUAUGGAGACUGAGGAGGCUUUGGGGAGGGAACCGCAGGAUGAAUGGUAAAGGAGGGGCAGGAGUGGUGGACUUCUGCAUCCACAAUGCUCACUGCAUGACCAUUGCUGUGAGGAGGAAGAACAAGAAGCUCGGAGGAUACUUGAUUACCACUAAGCAACAUAAAAAUUUUUGGCUUUUGGCUUAACUGUCAGGUGUUCAGAAAGGCUUGCAAGGUAUGGUUCUUCCAUGUAAGAUUUGAAACUCACAAAUUGCAAAUUGUCAUAUUAGCUAUUGGAUCCACACAGAUUGGAGAUGGUUUGACGCGUGGUCUCAUUGACGUGAGUCCCACAUAACUAUUUUGGAUCCAUAUACUAAUAUAACCUGCAAUUGAAUAUUGCAAAUCUCACAUGCAAGAACCCUUGGUUUGUAAGUAUUUCUCAUGAGAGAUAGAGAUGUGUCUUGUUGACUGUUAAUUAGACUUAGAAACUCUUUUCUGUUCUGAUUAUAACUUGUAGACAGCUGCUAAAAAAUGCUUCUAGGUGCUUGUUUGAAGCAGUUCUCAAAUGAUCUUUAAUCACUUCUAGAAUCCAUUUAGAUUUCUAGUAGUGAGUUUACAUCAUCUGAUUGCUCUUCCAAGUUGGUAUUAAAAUCAUUCUCAGAUUUUAUUGGUCUCAA